CAUUUCACAGUUUUAGUUUUCGUGUUCUUCCACGGGCCGCAAAAAAAGGAAAUACAGCUGCUAUCAAGAUUCCUCUGUUACUCGAACCUGUAGUUUUUAUUUGGUUUGGCUUGAGGAAGGCUUCGCAAAGGGAUUUCAAAGAAAGUGAAAGUUGAGCAUGCAGGAUUUUACAACAGAGUGGAGGAAAAUUUUUUACCUCUGUCACUUAAUCCCUUUCAGGAGGUACAUACAAGGUUAGCCUGAGUAAUUAUUACAGUUUUUUCCCCGUUUUAGUUUUGUAAAGCUAAGUCAGGCGUAAUUAUUUCAUGUCAUAACAUGCCGUAUUAAAGAUUUGAAAAGAUUUGAGACCGACUUCAAUGGCCUCACACAAGCUUAAAUUUAUUUUUUGGUUGCAAAUGGAAAGAGAAAGGUCUUAGAGAAUACCCAGUUGUAAUGGUUGCCGGUAAAAAAAUAACGAUAAUUAGCGAAAAUCUUGCUUGGAGACUCGUUCAUAGACCUCUUUUAAACGCAAAAAGCCGGCUAAAACAAACGAACAAACAAACACAGUACAAAGAAAUCAAGGUUUACGGAAACAUUUCAGUCACCCUCAGACUUGCUGUCUGAUAAAAAUGUUGUUGUACAUCUUUCAUUGAAGUUUUAUUCAUGUUUUGAUUGUCAGUCAUAAUUUUGCAAGGUUAAUUUAAUGCAGCUUUUUUUCCUUUCGCGGACUGUCAGCUGGACUGUGUCUGAAUUAAGCGUGAAUGAAACGUUAAAGUUCAAAGCUUAUAAAACGCUCAGAAACUCACUCGAAUUGCACUGGACAGAGCAAUCAACUUAACCACCCUCAGUGCCGAACCUCCGUUGCGCAGCGUGCCUUCCGCUUCAGGGCUUCUAAAAUAAAAUAUUGGAAAAGUAUUUCAAAUGACAUAAGAAACUCUGCCUCUGUUCAGGUUUUUAAAAGGAGUGCCGGAGUGCGGAAGUAAAGCAUUUACUCGUACACUGUUGGUCUAUUUUAAUUAAUUGUUUAUUAGCUUUCAAUUUUAUAAUUGUAGUUCGAGCAUUCAAAUUCAGUUGUAAAUUAUAAAUGCAGUUUUUAGUUAUUUCGUACAUUACUUAGCCUAAUGAGUCUUUAAUUAAUUAAUUCUGAAAAACCCAAUUGAGAAAAUUAAUAAAAUGUAUUGUAUUGCCUAGCAGGCUCUUCUCCUUCUAUAUAAAAUCAUGUUUAUUGGUUAGGUAAUGUUUUAGACAUUGGGCAGACUUAACAUUCAUGUUUACAUUCAUUCAUUCAUUCAUGCUUUAGCCAGACUUGACUUUCUCAAGUCCCAAGGCUCUGGUAUAGGGGAGGACUGUAUUUCUCGAUCAGAAUCACUGGUGGUCGGAUUCCGUGCUCGUCAUUAUCUUGAGGGGUAUCCCUCGGUUUUUCUUGAUCUUCCGUAGGAUUGAGCAUCUGGGAUUGGGAGGAAUAUGGCGUUUUCCAGGGUUUGCUGGCUUAAUCGCGGCAUUUCGCGCCAAGCUAGAAAACAUUAUUUCCCGUAUCCAUCUCGUGUUCCAUGGGGGUGCAGUAUAGCAACAAAAAUUAUAAUACUGCCUUAGUUUUGAUUGUAGUGACAAUAACCAUAGAGUUGAGCCAAGUAAAAAUGAGUUCGUUUUCUAUUUAAGAAAUCCAGACUGGAAGGCCACAAUCAUGUUAGAGUGCAAUCCUUCGCUGGAUAAACCUGAUGAUGCUAAAUUCGAAGUACUUCAGGAUAAUACUACUAAUUACGUAAGUAUUUCAAAAUAAUUUUUUUAUUAAUAAUUAAUGUACUAUAAAGGUCGAAAAAAAUGCUCUGUGGUUUAACCAUCAGGACUUCAAUAGCAUUUGUUUCGCUUUAUUUUUCAGGUAUUCACUUUAAGCCAUAAGUGCGCUUGUCCAAAUGGUUGUCCAGAGGAAAUACCAACUAGCAGUAAGUUAAUUGCUCUGCUAACGUUCUUACUUUUGUUUAGGUUUGAAAGAAAAUGAUCCUUUCUUAAAGACACAGAUGUAAAUAUAUAGAUUUAGCCAGGCCUAAAAGCGAAGCUUCCGUUUAAGUUAAUAAACUUAGCCUUGCUCUAUUGUGUGGCCCUUGUCAUCGUUUUCUGUUACAUUGUAAUGCAUUAUCUAGAGACAGGUUUACAGAUAAGGCUUGCCGUCCGACUUUGAAAAGAAAAUAUGUGGAAGUAUUAAAAACCUAUUUAGCUUACCAUUCGAACCUCGCUCAUCAAUAUUUUAAAAGUGACCAGAUCUUAAGAAUUAGAAUUCAAAUUAUUCCAGCCAUAGGAAGUAAUUCAUAUGAAGCUUUCCUGGUAGGGGGGAGGGCAAAAUUGGAAUUCUUCAGCACAGUUUCUUUUCUUCAUUUUAUCUGUGCAUACGUUUUGCAACUUGUAGUAAGGACAGCGAGACUCGUCGUUACAUUUAGUUUCGUAAUAAAAUAUUGAUGAGCGAGGUUCGAAUGGUAAGCUAAAUAGGUUUUUAAUACUUCCACAUAUUUUCUUUUCAAAGUCGGACGACAAACCUUAUCUGUAAACCUGUCUCUAGAUAAUGCAUCACAAUAUCCGAGCGUAUACGUCACCAUAUAAUGCCCUGUUUGUUCGCUAUAAAGACAGACCGGCCUAGAACGGUAGAUAUCUAGAUAUACCACGUCCAAGCCGACUCUGAAAAUAGAAUGUGUACGCUGCGAUUGUGGCAACCUGUGUUUGUCAAAUAAAACAGAUACGGUAGAAAAAUAUUGCGAUAUUUACCACUCUUGGCACUCUUGCCACGGAUUUUUAUAAAAAUUGUUCAGCCGGUGUGACAACAAUCAGUUUAUCAUUCUACGUCCAGAAAAAGUCGGGGUUGGAAAAGAUCCCCUGUAUAUUAGCAGAAAUUAAAACAGAUUGUUCCCAGAGAGGACUAGUACUUACUGAAAAGAGAAAAAGAAAAGAAGACAAGAAUCUAAUAUUAACUUCAUGGAAGAAAUUACCGUCGAUGCUGGUUAUAUCCAACCAGUCGAAGAAUCAGGUACCUCUGUGUUAAAGCUGUGUACCAGAAGGACAUUUAUUUCCAAGCGAGAUAAUUUUAAUUUUUUUAUAGUUUGUUUCACUCGGUGUACCUUUUUCUUAAAGGGAGAAGACACGCAAGGACCUGCAAAAGUAAAAGUGACCAGAUCUUAAGAAUUAGAAUUCAAAUUAUUCCAGCCAUAGGAAGUAAUUCAUAUGAAGCUUUCCUAGUCGGGGGGAGGGCAAAAUUGGAAUUCUUCAGCACAGUUUCUUUUCUUCAUUUUAUCUGUGCAUACGUUUUGCAACUUGUAGUAAGGACAGCGAGACUCGGGUUUAAACUUAGAACGGAGCCUAUGUUUUCAAACGCGAGAGCUCUAUCUGACCCCUUUAGUGUGCGAAAUGUAGACCUUAGCAAAGGCUAAUAAUUUCAAAAGAAAUUUGGUAGUUUUUAGAGAUAAAUAUAAGAAACGCAAUUUUCCCUGUGUUUCUUUAAAAUUUCAAUAGCCAUAAUGAGGAAGAUCGUCUAUUGCUGGUCAUUCCAAAACCAGCCAAAACUUUUGCAAUAAGAUGCACUUCUUAGAGGUAGGGUAAAACGGGAAACAAAAACAUGUAACUUUUUUGCAACAUUGCGGCAAGACGAAUUGAAGAACUAUGUUGCGCGUUUAACCACACAAAUCAAACCUUUUUGGAACAUAUCAGACUGUUGCAAAUCGCGAAAAGUUGUUGCAGAAAAUAGUAAGAAGUUCUACUUUUUGGAACAAAAUCUGAAUAUGUUGGGUGCUUUACCGGAAAAAGACAAACUUGGUUUGUAGCAAGUGGCGUCCUCUGGUGACGUCAGUCUGUGUUUAGUAUGACUCCAGGAUACUCUUAACCAAUCAAAAACCAGUAUUCGCGCAACUUGCAACAACCUGAAUUGCUGCAAGACAGCUGCUUGAACGUGGGAGUGGUAAAAUGCGCAACAUAGCUUUUCAACUCGUCUGGCAGUAAUGUUGCAAAGCAAGACAACCUUACAAAAGAAAGCUAUCAGAAUAAUCACCUUCUCCAGUUUCACUUGCUGUACAUGUAAAUAUUUAGGUCUACCGUCCCCAACCCCCAUGUUUGUAUUAUUGAGCAUGCGCUCUGACCGUUAUGAUGAUUGAAUACACAUGUGUGCAAAAGCAUCAAUGGUGUGAGUUGGUGGUUAAAUCCGAACCGUAAGUUACUCCAUCACUGAACACUCAAGUCCUUUGUUUAAAGACUUGAAUGUUAUCAAGCUGUCUGAUAUCAUUACCCUCCAACUUGCAGUGUUUCAUUUUUGGUCCUUUUGUCAAUCCUACUAGGAACAUACAUAGAUAUAAAACUAGGUUGUCCUCCAGGAUGAUUAAUGCCAUCCCAAAAGCCAGAGCAAAUUAUGGAACUUUUAACAUAGGGUUCCAUAGGGUGCUAAAGUUUGGAAUGAUAUAAGUGAUGACAUCAAGCUCCCUUCUCUAGGUGUUUUUAUUUAUUUGCCACACAAUUACAUUACUUAAAGAUGCCAAAAGAAAAAAAAAAAAAAAAUGUAGGAAGAGAUGGCGAGGAGGCCUAAAAGAAACUAUAGAGCUUAUGUUAAUUAGGCCUCCUCAAUUACAAUUUUUCGAAGAUGGCAUAAAAAUUACGGCGACGGGUACAGUAUAAUAUCAGGUGAAAAAUUAAACUAAUCAAUAUUACGGAAGUUUACAUGUACAAAUGUUGAAUAUUAAAAGGCUUUUUCCCAAGAUUUUUGUUGGAGUAUACUAAUAAUUAUUACAAAUAAAUGCCUUAAGUGCUCUUUUAAAGGAGAAAGGUGAGGAAGCGUUGAUGAUGUUGGUGUUUAAGGUGUUGUAAAAUUUAGGUCCUUGAUAAAAAACGGAAAAUUGCUUGGUUCGAGUACGACAGAAAGGCAGACGAAAUUUACACGAGUUUCUUGUAUUAUACGAAUGAAUUUGACUUUGUAAGGUAAAUUUACAAUGAAAUUUUAAAGGUAGAGUAUGGUUUUGAUAGGAGUACAUGAAUAAGCCUAGUUGUAUUAAGUAUAUAUCAUGAAAUUUUAAGAUACCAAGAUUUUGAAAGAUUGGAUCAGUAUGUGCAUCGAAAGUGGUUUUAGCUAUAGUUCUGAUCACUCGUUUCUGUAAAAUCUCAAGACGAAUAAGGUUAGUUCUGUAAGUAGAGGCCCAAACUAAGUUGCAGUAAAAAAGGUAUGGAUAGACUAGAGAAAAAUAUAGUGUUCGUAAGGUUUUCGUGGAUAAAUAGAAACUGGAUUUACGAAUAAUUCCUGUGCAUUUAGAAACUUUAUUGGCGACAUGUGAGAUUUCAGAUUUCCAAUUUAAAUUUUCGUCCAUGAUUACUCCCAGGAAAACUGUUUCUUUUACUUGAUCAAUUUUUUGACUAUUAAUUAAAAGUUGAAUAGUUUGAUUUGUACGCUUUUGGGAUGGUUUAAAUGCAAUGAAUUUGGUUUUUUUCAAGUUUAAUGAAAGCCUGUUAGCUCUAAACCAUAUUGACAACUUAUUUAGUUCAGCGUUCAGUAUAUUAGUAAGGCAGUCUUUAUCCUUGUGAGACACAAAUACGUUUCUCUCAAACGUUUUAAGAAAAAGCUAAAGUCAAUUCUUAUGUUGAUAAAUAUUAAUUGCAGAUUUAUCAACUCUAUAUGUUUUUCUGGCUUUCCGUUGUUUAAUACUGGCAUACUUAGCUUUCUUUUGCUCUCUUCCUUUUUCUACUGAGUUUUGAGUAGGUGUGUGUGGCGUGUGGUACCUGACCCUUUGAUUUAAACUUCUAUUUAUAACCUAAGUAAUGCUGCCCUAUCUUUUUUAGCCCUCAAUGGUUCUUUUGGGAAGCCUGUACUCUCUCCAUAUUAUAUCUAUUACUUUUCUUUGUAUUAUGUAAAUUAUUGUUGGGUACAAAUAAAUUUGUAGUUAUUGUUGUUGUUUUUUUUUUUUUUUUUUUUUUUUUUUUAAGUUGCACUUUUUUGCAACCCGUUUUUCCAUAGAUUAAAGGAAAUCACUUUUUUUGGACAGGUCCAUCUCAAAGCACUCCUCCUAGCACUCCAGUGGCAACUAUAACACCUACAACACAAAGUGACAAGAAUCUCUUGAUAGCACUUCCAAUUUCUGGAGGUAUUCUUGCAAUUACUGUGUGUGUGUUAGUAAUAUUCUACAAAUGUCGCAAGAAAAAAAGUAGUCUUGACACCGAAAGGCGAUGUUUCAUGGAUCAAACUGGAGGCAGUGGAGAGGAAAAGGUCACCUAUCAAAGCAACAACUUAACCGAUCAUCUCACUGAUCGAGAAGACAACGGUAACCAAGAUCCUAUCAAGAGCUUUAUCAAAAACCCAAUCGGAGGGAGUAGGUCUCCUUCGACAUCUUGCAAAAUCAGACAGCUUAAAAAAGAUAAUGUCAACAAAUUAAACGCCCCAUUGUAA